GUCAGGUUUGUGAUUAACGUCAAGUCAAUGUGUUAUUUUUGAGUAAAAGCAAUUAAAAUUGAUUUAUAUUUGAAAUAAAAAUGAGCAGGAAACCGGUUCCACUUCGAGAUGUUUCAGGCUUUUUGCAAGUUUUGAGAGACUUUUUAUUAGGAAGAAAACACACAAAUGCGUUACGUUUCGCUCCUCUCCUCGCAGCCAGGACACAGCCUCCGCCAGAAAUACCCGAUGGAUCGUCGCACAAACAUGCUCAUAAUUAUUAUUAUACAAGAGAUGGACGCCGUGAAGUGACCCCUCCUGCUGAUGUUACAAAGGUUUUGCUUGAAGCCAGUUCCGACAAAGGAGCCCCUAAGCAAGCAGCCAAUGUGAGGCCAACACCUGGACCAGUUUUCCAGUGGGAUAAGCAUUAUGAUUAAAUUUAUUAAGUUACUGGAUAUGUUAUUUGCAUAUGAAAUAGUCAAAUAGAUCCAUUUUUAUUUAUAGCAAGAUUUUCUUGGUGAAGAAUUCAUGUGUAAUUUAUAGAAAAAUAAAUCAAUGACAUC